GGAAGCAACGAGGAGAAAUAUCAGUGCAGAAACGCCGCAUGUGUUUCAUCAGCCGAGCUUCGCCGGGGAAGAACGGGUACCUCUCUCACCUCAACCAAUAUAGACCAAAUCAAACAUUUUUACAGCAUCAGAAUGUGUGGUAUAUGGGCCUUGUUUGGUAGUGAUGAGUGCCUUGCUGUUCAGUGCACUAAUGCCAUGAAAAUCGCUCAUCGCGGUCCAGACGCUUUCCGCUUUGAGAAUGUCAACGGUUUCACCAACUGCUGCUUCGGGUUUCACCGCCUCGCUAUCGUGGACCAGCUGUAUGGCAUGCAGCCUCUGCGAGUCAAGAAGUUCCCUUAUCUUUGGUUAUGUUACAACGGAGAGAUCUACAACCACAUCAGGCUGAAGAAUCAGUUUGAGUUUGAGUAUCAGACUAAAGUCGACGGCGAGAUCCUUCUGCACCUGUACGAUCGCUUUGGAAUCAAGAAGAUGGCCUCCAUGCUCGAUGGCGUAUUCGCCUUCAUCUUGUUGGACACGGCUAACAGGAAGGUUUUCAUAGGCAGGGACACGUACGGCGUGAGACCGCUGUUCAGACUGCUCACCGACAACGGCUUUCUAGCUGUCUGUUCUGAGGCCAAAGGUUUGCUAGACCUCAAAACCUCCAUGUCCACUCCUGCAAAGAUCACUCCCUUCCCACCGGGACGCUUUGAAGUGUUUGACUUGAAGCUCACUGGAAAAGUGGAGUCUGUUCAGAUGGAUCGCUUCCACUGCUGCACAGAAGAACCCAAACACGCCGCCUAUAACAACCUGGAGGGUCUUGGCACAGGCUUUGAACUGGAGACAGUCAAGAGCAACAUUAGGAUCCUGUUUGAAGAUGCGGUAAAGAAACGCCUGAUGGCUCACAGAAGAAUCGGUUGCCUCCUCUCAGGUGGUCUCGAUUCAAGUCUGGUUGCUGCUACACUUGUGAAACUGGCCAAAGAAGAGCAGCUCCCGUAUCCCAUUCAGACGUUUUCCAUCGGUGCAGAAGACAGUCCAGAUGUUGCUGCUGCUCGCAAGGUGGCAGCCCACAUUGGCAGUGAACACCAUGAGGUUAACUUCACACCUGAGGAGGGGAUCCGUGCGCUGGAGGACGUCAUCAUUCACUUGGAGAGUUAUGACAGUACUACUCUGCGUGCUUCUGUCGGCAUGUACCUGAUAUCAAAGUACAUCCGUGAGAAGACUGACAGCGUUGUGAUUUUCUCAGGUGAAGGUUCGGAUGAGCUGACACAAGGGUACAUCUACUUUCAUAAGGCGCCAUCACCUAAAGCAGCUGCAGAGGACAGUGUGCGUCUGCUGAAAGAGCUUUAUCUGUUUGACGUGCUGAGAGCGGACAGAACCACAGCUGCACAUGGACUGGAGUUGAGAGUGCCUUUCCUGGACCAUAGGUUCACCGCAUACUACCUCUCUCUGCCUGAAGAGAUGAGAGUGCCUAAGGAUGGUGUGGAGAAGCAUCUCUUGAGGGAAGCAUUUAAAGGUUUGAAACUCAUCCCAGAUGAGAUUCUCUGGAGGAGGAAGGAGGCCUUCAGUGACGGUAUGACAUCCAUGAAGAAAUCCUGGUACACCAGCCUGCAGGAGCACAUCGAGUCUGAGGUGAAUGACUCUCAGUUGGAGAAGGCCAAUACGCGGUUCUCUUUCAAUCCACCCACAACCAAAGAGGGCUUCUACAUAAGGCAGAUCUUUGAGAAGCAUUACCCCGACCGCUGUGUGUGGACGCCACAUUACUGGAUGCCCCGCUGGAUCAAGGCCACUGACCCCUCGGCCAGAACCCUGUCCAUUUACAAGCCAGAUAAAGACCAGUUAUCACAUUAAUCACAUUAACCAGACCACAUCAAGCUUCAGACCUUGCCUAGACCAUACAUUCACUACUGCAUACAUACGUGCCAGUUCAAACAUUACCAUAAUAUAUUUUUUUGCCUCACCUUUCUCUGUUCAGUUUACUAAAGUAUUUUUUUUUAGGUUGGUUUGUUUAGUCUUCCCUAAAGAGAAUUGAGUAUCUUCAGCUCAUGCAAUAUAUUUCAAAAGAUAAAUGGAGGCCUCCAUUAUACUCAUAUAUUCUUAUUUUUUUCUUCUUCUUCUUUUUAUGGAGCUUAAAUGUAUAACUAAACAAACCAAAACAAGUCAAUUUGUGUAGUUUGUAGGUUAUAGGAAUCCCUUAAAA